AUGGCCUCUUUGAAUAUCACACAGCCACAAGUUCAUCAACCAACUCUUCACAUUCAGGCACCAAAUUCAACCUUUACAAACACAACAACAGUCACAGGACAAGCAGUGAAAUGGAUAUUCCAGAUUCUUUUCUACUUGCAACUGGUCUUGAUUUCAGCCUUGGUGAUUUUCAUCAUCAUAUAUGAUCGUAGGUUAAACUCUUCAACACACCAUUUCCACCCUAAGAAAUGGUACCCUCCACUUCUAGCAUCAACACUAUGUGCAGCAAUUCUUGGUUUCACAUGGCAAUGUAUCAUUGCAUGUUACCCGAAAAAGGCACUCGUAGCAGCAUUUUGGUUGAGUCCUCUAUUAACAUUGGCAAUGGGAAUAAUGUUCAUGUUAAUCAGUACUGCAUGGAGUUGGAUACCUGGAUUAGUUUCUUUGUUAUCUGCGGCAAUUCAAUCAAUAUAUGGAUUAUGGGUAAAGAACAAUAACAGAUUCAAAUACGCCACAGAAAUGUUUCAAGAUUCGAUAGCUUAUCCUCCUGCUAAAACCAAGUGUUUGACAUUCUUAUCGAUCAUCGUCGCUACUCUUUACUGCUGUUUUCUGGUGUAUGGAAUCGGAGGCGCGAGAGCUAUCGAAAACAAAACCAAACUAACUGAUAUUUGCAUCUUGGUAAUCAUUCUGAGCCUUGGAUGGACAAUGCAGGUUAUGAAGAAUGCAAUGCAAGUCAUAGUUUCACGGGUCAAGUAUAUCUUUUUUACCGAAGAUAGAGACAUGAAGAUUGGAAAUGCAUUCUGUGACACAAUCAAACACUUAAUAGGAAGUGUUUCUCUAGGCUCCAUCCUUGUUCCAGUCAUCGUACUCUUCCGAGGCUUCGCGCGAUCGCAACAUCUACUUGGAGGUAAAGAUGGUGACUGCAUGUUUUCAUGCGAUUCAUGCGCGAUGGGACUCGCAACGCUUCUUGUGAGUUGUGCAAAUAGAUGGGGUUUUGUGCACGUUGGAGUUUAUAACAAAGGGUUUGUGCAAGCUUCUUCUGAUACUUGGGAGAUGUUCAUGAAAGUUGGAUUACAGGAACUGAUAGAUUUGGAUAUCACCGGUGCAUUUUGUUUCCUCAGUGGUGUUGCAGUUGGUGCAAUCUGUUGUCUUGUGAGUGGAAUUUGGAGUCUUGUAGUGUACAAGGACUAUGCCAUGGAACUAUCCAUUUAUGCUUUCAUCAUUGGCUAUUUCAUUUGUAGGUUGGCGAUUGCAUGGCCACAAGCAUCUGUUUCAGCUUACUAUGUGGCAUACGCGCAGAAUCCACAGGACAUGCAAUUUGAGCAAACGAUUAAAGCACGUUUGGAGCAGCUACGCGUAUUGCAUUUACAAAGUCCGAUUACAACAGAAACGGAGGAGAUUCGUAGAGCUUAUUUGCAAAGUCCAUGA